UUCGUUAAAUGAAUUCGCGAAAAAUUGAAAUUUCUUCAGAUACUAAUACCUUCGAUUUAACAGCUGAAGAGAAAAUUUAUGAUCUUGAAAAUAAAUGCAAUCAAAUUGCAUCCAUAGCUCAUGAUAUCAAUUCUUUCGUAAAGAAAAGUGCCGAAAAGAUCAACGUAAUCGAAGAAAACACCGAAAUUUGUAAUCAAAAUAUAAAACAGGGAAGAAGAGAAUUACAUAAAGCGUCUUUAUUAAAAGCUUCGGGAGCUACAGUCACUGGGGGUUUUAUUGGUGCGGCAGUCGGUGGACCUGUUGGGUGUCUUAUUGGACUAAAAUUGGGGACUUUUAUUGGAGCAGUUUCAGGCACUGCAAUUCUUGCUGCUGGACUGAAAACGGGAAUUUGGAUUUCGAAACGAAAGCGUAAAAUACUCAGCGAUAAUUAUUCGGAAAAUAACAAAUAAUCAUUUUUUAUAUACUAUAU